UCCAACAAAUAAUCAAUUUAAAAACUGUAGUUUUGGAUGUUUUUUUUUCACUGAGUCUAAAUGACGAAGAAGGAAGAGCUUAUCUGAGUCUUCUGACUUUGUUUUGAAACCUUUGUUCCUAGUCAGUAAAAGUUGGACAUAUAAAAGGCACUUACACAAUGCUAAGCUAAGCACCAUGUUAUCUGGUUGAUUUAACUGAGAGUCAAACAAGAACAUUUGGAUUAUGAGAGAAGAAACUGACAAUGCUGUGACUCCGGUAGGUCUGAAGUCCUACUGUAAUUCUGAUGAGAUUUGUAACCAGGUUUAUAUUUAUUAAAAAAAACCUUAAAUGUCGCAAGUUGAGUUCAGAAGCUUUAAAUUCUGUUUUUUUGUCUUUAGCAAUAAAAUUAUAUUUGGUGGGAUUUUCCGAUCUUGACACUUGUCGGGUUGGUCAUUGCACUUCCUCUAUGUGCCAAUAAAACACUUCCCCUUUUUCUUAACGUACUCAGUUCAGUGUCUCUCCUGCCUUCUCAAUGCAGCAGGUGAUCAGUGUUUGGGUGCGGGACCCACGGAUACGAAAGAAUGACUUUUGGCAUGCCUACAUCGACUACGAAAUUUGUUUACAUACAGACAGCGUGUGCUUUACCAAGAAGAUCUCAAUCGUGAGAAGGAGGUUCAGUGAGUUUGUAUGGCUCAGGCAGAAGCUACAAGCAAAUUCACAGCUAAUGGUACAGCUACCAGAGCUGCCCCCAAAGAACCUCUUCUUCAGCCUGAACAACGGCCAACAGAUCACUGAGCGGAUGAAAGGGCUCCAGAAGUUUUUGGAACAGAUCCUCCAGAGCCCUCUGCUGUUGUCGGACAGCUGCCUGCAUCUUUUCCUGCAGUCGCAGCUCAGCGUGUCCAAGAUGGAGGCCUGUGCUGCCGGACAGACCCACUAUUCUGUGGCCCAGGCGGUCCAGCACUGUGGUCUGAGGCGAUUCCACUCUGAAGAGGAUCUGCAGAAGGACCUCAGCACGUCUUGUGACUAUGACUCAGACAGCUCAGAGUGUUUAGAUCCAGAGCUUCGGAUUAAAGAUUUGGCAAUAAACAAAGCAGAGAGUACAGCUUCGCUUGAUCUCAUGGGAACCAGCCAGGACGAAACCCUCAGCUGCUCAUGUGGUUCUACAUGAAGAAAUCAUCAUCAUCACAUAAUCAUACCUUCGGCACAGAUGAAAUUUGCCUGUUACCCCGUCAUACUGCACUUUAGGUUCGUGGUUGCUCCUAAGUAUUUCACCUGUUAAAAAAAAAUCGUAGCUUUUUAUGUUGUUAUUGGGGCAAUUCAGUUUGAACCACGUACAGUAAAUACUAAUAAAAAUGUAACUAUUGUAUAUCCAUAAAGUGUUGUGAACCCGUGUUCCGUCUGCAUAGCUAAAAAGUUGUAGCAACAAUUUGCCUGAAGAUGGCAGUGUUGGUACAUCAAUCUGUUUGUAGAAUCACUUAUCCCAUGAACAUUUGUGGCAACCGUCCAUAACCACUUCAUAAACAAUCAAAGUAGAAGCAUCACUAGUUAUGCUCAUUCAGAAGGUGUAUUUCUGCCAGAUAUUUGCAGAUAAGAAUGCAAUACCUUAAGCAGUGACAGCCUGAUGUCUCUCUCUGUGGCUGACCUCCCCCUCCUAAUAAAGUGGCCACUGCAGGGCUUCGCAGUAUGAUGUAUAAUAGGGUCUCUGCAGAGCUUUCAGACAGCCCCCCUGUCAGGUGUGUGGCUGGUAGGAGGUCCUGUUGGAUCCCAAUGGACUCGCUCCUGUCUGAGAGGGCCACCAAGGAGACAGGCUACAUUGCUCCCUGCUGAACAAAAUGCCAGCUGCACUGACAAGUCACCUUUUCUACCUGUCUCUCUCUCGCUAUACUUGCAUGAGUCUGUUCACUACAGUCACAUUUAUCUGUGUGCGUGUGCUGAAUACAUAUGUGCUCCUGCGGUGAGCAGCACCAUGCUUAUGCAGAGGUAAUGACCACUAAACAGAGUGACGGCAGGCUGAUAUAUCUGCACAGCUAAUUAGAUUAGCUUUGUCUCUCUGCAGCGGUGGUGAUAUUCAUUAUAAAUUCAGAGCAGAGAAUAGGCUUGUGCUGGAGAGAAUGGAGAGGUGACAGCACCUCAGACCUGCUCUGAGCAGAAGAACAGUUUGGACAGUAGGACAGCCCACCAACUCAAAUUGGGUGUGGGGAGGGGGGGUGGCAUUUUGCCUGAAGAUGUGUGGGUGUACAUGUGUGCUCAUGCAUGUCCCGAUAUGCUAAUGCAGUAUAUGCAUGUGUUGUCUUUGACAGUGCUUAACUGUGUGGGACAGCAUUACCCUGCAUGGCUUCAAACACCGAGGCUGUCAGCGCUGCAGAUGUUUGCUUUAGCUAGAUAUUCAAAAGAGGUUUAUGCCUCUAAUACAUUCAGAAAACACACCUGAAUUGUUGAAGUACAGGCGUUUUAUACACAAAUGUGUGCAAAUGGAAUGCCAAGCCCGUUUUACCACUGAGUCGUAACAAAACAAUUUCAAUUGAAGACUCUCCUUUAGACUCCUUUAAAUACAUUUUACAGAAAGAAUGAAAGAACAGUUCACUUAAUAAAUAAACAAUUACAAAUUCCAAGAAACAUCUAAGAGAUUUUAAAUUUGGUUUCUGGUAAACAUUUUCUGAGAGUGGUGUGUUGGGGAGACUCCUGAUCUCAGUAGUGAUCCUUUAAAUAAGCAACAUUACAACCCUGAAGCUAAUGUAAAAAGUACAGCAUCCAAGCAGCCUCUCUGGACCCACUAUAACCAGUCAACUCUCUGAUGAUAACUAUCUUAAACAGCAGCAAGUCCUCGCCUCACUAAAGGUAAACCGCUCUUCAGUGAAUCGGAGCAUGUUAGCAUUUAGCAUGUUAGCCGGACCCAGCGUGCCCCUGCAUGCCACAAACAUCAAUGGUGUGUCACUUAGCUCGCCACUUUUUUUUGUUCUUUUUAGCUUUGCUGAGUUACAAUAAUGCUAAUUAUAACCACCCCUCAUAUUUGAUCCUUUAUUUGAUUGUGCUGUCUUGAAGUGUUAGUUCCGGCCCGUGAACGCAAACAUUUGUAACGUAUAGUUUCCGGAGAGCGGGGUCCUUUCUCUGGAUUCCUGGCCUCCUGUGGGCGCAGACACGCCUGCAACUCCUUCUCUGUUGUAGCCAAAUAUUUAUCUUCUAUUUUUUUUUUAUCAGGAACUUUUCAUGUGACUUUUGUUUUCAUUUGGUUAGGGAGCAAAUUGACAUGUAACUACUCAAUAAGCCUACAAUGUGGCCUGCACAAAUCAACUGUGUAGCAGUCAGAAGGCUAAAUGUUUACUGAUUCGUCAAGUUACCCCAGGAUCCAGUUGCCAUGCAAGGUAAACAUGGCUUAGCACAUGGUGCAAAUAGGUCACUGCAUCAUAAAAGCUUUGUUUGUUGCUUAGUCCUGUGGAUUGAAACGUUUACAUUACUUGUUUCGGUCCGACCUGUCCAGGAGUAGCCUAUUGACUCUGCUUUUAAUGGUCUGUGACUCUGGUCCACUGGCUGUUAACCUUGAGCCACUGUAGCCUAGCCUGUCAGUGCAGCUCUGCUGCCAUGACAGCACUGACACAUUUAAACCCAUCAGAUCGAUUGGCUAACAGCUCUCUGCUCCAUGUUGUGUGACCCCAGAGAGGUCAAAUGGCGUGAAAAUGUUGGGAGCGAGUGAUAUCACUCUGUUUCAGGGCUAGUUUUUAGCUGAACGUAACCACAAUUAUUCAGAAAUGUACAAGAUCGAAAUCACGUUUUAAUUA